GAGAAAGAAGGAGCAUAGAUGUUAAAGAAGUUGGUGAGAUGAAUAGACCUGUCGAUUUAAAAGAGAUGAAAGGUGAAGAUGGAUUGAAAGGGUUUGUAUUAUUUAAACAACCUAGGUUAUCUGUUGUUCCUGUUCCUGAGAAUAUUUGGGAUAAAAUUUGUGAAAUUGGGGUGGAUUCACUAAGGAAGAAGAAGAAGAGGAAGACGGAGAAGAUUCAGAGGAAGCUGUUGUGUAGACAAUUUAGAUCAUCUUGCGACUUUUGAUUAUAUUUUGGUUUUUGUUUGGUAUUCCAGAGAUUUGAUUAAAUUCAAAAGCAUAUUUGAUUUCUCCCAGUUUCUUUUUUCUUAAUUGUCAGCUAAAUAUUCCUUUCUGGGCGUUGUUUGGAUGGUAACGUUUAACAUCCUCACCGGUGGAUGAGAUGAGAUGAAUUAUCCAUGGGCUCAUAACACUACCCAAAACCCAAAACCCCAAGCUGACGAAAACCCCAACUGGGAUUAGAAAUCAAAAAUUGGGGUUUUUGCUUAUUCAUAAGGAAAACAAGAACUUUGAAUUGAAUUCUCGCCGCUGCAUGAAUGGGUCUUUGAAGAGAAAACCAGAAGGUGGAGAAGAAGUAGUCAGUGACGAACAAAAGAAACAGAAAUCUCGAAUUGGCGAAGAAGAUAAUUCAGAAGUAGCAGCUUGUAUUCACGAGGUAUCGUAUCCAGAAGGAUAUACGCCUUCUCCUCUUCCUCGUCCUUCAUAUGAUAAUAAACCAGCAAAGAAAUACCCGUUUAGUCUUGAUCCAUUUCAAUCAGAAGCAAUACAAUGUUUAGAACAUGGAGAAUCAGUGAUGGUAUCAGCUCAUACUUCAGCUGGUAAAACUGUUGUAGCUCUGUAUGCAAUUGCUAUGUCUUUGAGAGAUAAACAGCGUGUUAUCUAUACUUCUCCAAUUAAAGCACUUAGCAAUCAAAAGUAUAGAGAAUUCAAACAAGAAUUCUCUGAUGUUGGCUUAAUGACUGGAGAUGUCACUAUUGAUCCUAAUGCUUCUUGUUUGGUUAUGACAACUGAAAUUUGGCGUAGUAUGCAAUAUAAGGGAUCUGAAAUUACGAGGGAAGUGGCAUGGGUGAUAUUUGACGAAGUACAUUAUAUGAGAGAUAGAGAAAGGGGUGUUGUUUGGGAAGAGAGUGUUGUAAUGGCACCCAAGAACUCGCGCUUUGGGUUUCUCUCUGCAACUGUGCCUAAUGCCAAGGAGUUUGCGGAUUGGGUUGCAAAGGUUCAUCGACAACCAUGCCAUGUUGUUUACACGGAUUAUCGUCCUACACCACUUCAGCAUUAUGUGUUUCCUUCUGGAGGGGAGGGUUUAUACUUGGUUGUGGAUGACAAGGGUAAAUUUCGGGAAGAUAGCUUUCAGAAAGCCUUGAAUGCAAUUAGUCCUGAUGGUGAAGGAGAUAAUAGAAAGAAGAGGAAUGGGAUAUGGCAGAAAGAGUUAGUGGCAUGUAAAUCAGGAGCAGAGAGUGAUAUCUUCAAGUUGGUGAAGAUGAUAAAACAACGCCAGUAUGAUCCUGCUAUAAUUUUCAGUUUUAGCAAAAGGGAGUGUGAGUCCCUCGCUAUGAUGAUGUCAAAGAUGGACCUAAGUACCGAUGUUGAGAAAGCGAAUAUAGAAGAGAUUUUUUGGAAUGCCAUGGACUUACUCUCGGACGACGAUAAAAAGCUUCCUCAGGUCUCAAACAUGUUACCUUUGUUGAAGCGGGGAAUAGGUGUGCAUCAUUCUGGCUUGCUACCUAUAUUGAAAGAAGUAAUAGAGAUACUCUUUCAAGAAGGUCUGAUCAAGUGUUUGUUUGCUACAGAGACAUUCAGCAUAGGGCUAAACAUGCCUGCAAAAACUGUGGUAUUCACAAAUGUGCGGAAGUUUGAUGGGGAUAAGUUCAGAUGGAUAUCCGGUGGAGAGUAUAUACAGAUGAGUGGUCGUGCUGGCCGUCGAGGAAUUGAUGAGCGCGGGAUAUGUAUUCUCAUGAUUGAUGAGAAACUGGAACCAUCUACAGCAAAAAUGAUGCUGAAGGGAAGUGCAGAUUGUUUGAACAGUGCCUUCCAUCUCAGUUACAAUAUGCUCUUGAAUCAAAUGCGGCGUGAAGAUGCCAAUCCUGUGGAUCUGCUUAAAAAUUCAUUUUAUCAAUUUCAGUCUGACCGCGCCAUUCCUGAUCUUAAGAACCAAGCGAAAAAACUAAAAGGAGAGAAAGAUUCAAUUAUCAUCGAAGAAGAAGAGAGUUUGUUGAAUUACUGCAAUCUUUUAGAGCAGUACCAAAAGCUGAAGAAGGAUAUUAAUGAUAUCGUUUUCUGUCCAAAAUACUGUUUACCCUUUUUAAAGCCUGACAGGCCUGUUUGUAUCCAAUGUACAAGAGGUGAUAAUAAGAUCCCAUCUUUCUCCAAUGAGGACCAAGAUACCUGGGGAGUGAUAAUCAACUUUGAAGAUGAUUCUAGGAGGAAGCCCGAGGAUGCAAACUACGAAGUACAUGUUCUUACGAAUGGUGUUGUUACCAAGGAUGGAGAUGGGAAAAAAUCAAUAAAGAUCGUCCCAUUGAAACAGCGGGGAGAGCCAGUUGUGGUUUCUGUGCCUCUAUCCCAGAUUAAUGCACUUAGCAGUCAUUGUUUGCCCAUACCAAAAGAUCUGUUGCCGUUGGCAGCUCGAGAAGAUGCUUUGAAAAUGGUUUGUGAAUAUGUUUCUGGAGGACCUCUCCUCCUGGAUCCCAUGGAGAACAUGAAGGUCCGGCAUAAAUAUUACAACAAGUUUGUUUCCCGGAUGGAGAAUCUAGAGAGCCAAUUCGGCAAGCAUGAAGUUGCAAUGUCUCUGCCUAGUGAAGAAAAGCUAAAGGUCUUUCAGUUGAAGAAAGAAUUGGAAGCAAAGAUCACGCUGAUCAGGAAUAAUGUGAGUUUCUCUAAAGCAUUGGCUUUUAAAGAUGAACUCAAGGCACGAAUGCGAGUUCUUCGGAGUCUAAAGUAUGUUACACGAGCUGGUGUUGUGGAGUUGAAGGGGAAGGUUGCUUUUGAGAUUACCAGUGCUGAUGAGCUGACACUGACAGAGCUCAUGUUUAAGGGUGUGUUCAACAGAGCUACUGUCGAGGAGAUGAUUUCUUUGCUGUCGUGUUUUGUGUGGAAGGAGAAACUUCAGGAUGCCCAGAAACCCAGGGAAGGGCUUGGCCUGUUGUUCACUGAGCUGCAAGAGACAGCAAGAACUGUUGCCAACGCUCAGCUUAAUUGCAAGGUCCCAAUUGACAUAGAAGGUUUUGUAAAUUCCUUCAGACCCGAUAUUAUGGAGGUCGUAUAUGCAUGGGCAAAAGGGUCCAAAUUCUAUGAAAUAAUGGAAAUCGCACAGGUUUUUGAGGGUAGUUUGAUCAGGGCAAUCAGGAGACUGGAGGAAGUUCUUCAGCAGCUAACAGAGGCAGCAAAAUCUGUAGGUGAUACCCAACUUGAAGCCAAGUUUCAAGAAGCUGUUACUAAGAUUAAAAGGGAUAUUGUCUUUGCAGCGUCUUUGUAUUUGUAAAUUUCCUGAAAAAUGCCAUAAAUUACUUUGUGAAU